AUGACCAUCGAGAUCCCGAUACCUUUCAAGGCGCACAACAUCGAAGCCCCGUCGCAAAUGGUGGAAACCUCAAAGACCGAGAUCGUCGAUAUGUUCACCCAGGCGUACCUCAUGAGGCGCCUCGAGAUCGCGUCGGACGUCCUCUACAAGGGCAAGUUCAUCCGCGGGUUCUGCCACCUGUACGACGGCCAGGAGGCGGUGUGCGUCGGCAUGGAAGCCGCCCUCACGAAGGAGGAUGCGAUCGUCACCUCCUACCGCGAUCACUGCACGCACCUCGGCCGCGGGGGGACGCCUCUGGAGGUCAUGGCGGAGCUGAUGGGGAGGGUCGACGGCGCGAGCAAGGGCAUGGGCGGGAGCAUGCACAUGUACAAACGCGACGCGAACUUCUUCGGGGGCAACGGCAUCGUCGGCGCGCAGACCCCCAUCGGCGCCGGUCUGGCCUUCUCCUACAAGUACAACAAGCAGCCCAACGUCGCCGUGGCGAUGUACGGCGACGGCGCCGCCAACCAAGGCCAGCUCUUCGAGGCUCUCAACAUCGCCGCGCUGUGGGACCUGCCGCUGAUUUACGUGUGCGAGAACAACCACUACGGCAUGGGCACGACCACCGCGCGGUCCGCCAAAUCCCCCGAGUACUACAAGCGCGGCGACUACGUCCCGGGCCUUCGCGUCGACGGCAUGGACGCGCUGGCGGUCAAGCAGGCUAUCAAAUUCGCCAAGGCGCACUGCGUGAGCGGCGCGGGUCCCAUCGUUCUCGAGAUGGACACGUACCGGUAUCACGGCCAUUCGAUGUCCGACCCCGGGUCGACGUACCGCACCAGGGACGAGAUCACCGGCAUCCGCCAGGAACGCGACCCGGUCGAGAGGCUGCGCAAGCUCAUCCAGCAUCACGAGCUUCUCGCGCCCGAGGAGAUCAAAGCUAUCGAAAAGACGCAACGGAAAAUCGUCGACGACGCCGUCGCCGCGGGGAAGGCUUCGCCGGAACCCGAUUCGAACGCGCUGUUCAGGAACAUGAACCAGGUGGCGGAGGGUAUCGUGAUCCGCGGCGUGGACUCGGGCGCCAGGACCACCCUCGCCACCGUGCAGCCGUGA